AGACGCGGUGGGGAACCUCAGAGUAGCACCCAAAGGCAACAGCAUCAGUUUUCCACUUGCACUCCCUCCUUUCAUCAUUUCUCUAUGGGUGCCAGCCCACUUGAGUACUUCACACACUUUCCUCAGCGCCUUCAGUGCUCAAGUGGUCCUUUGGUGGAUAAAGGUCGUGUGUCGGUUGCUCAUUCGCGUGUGAUUACAUGUAGCCUUUGCCCAUCCCACGUAGAAAUUCCCAGUUGUUGAAUAUGGAGGAGCUGGCCAGAGAGAGCAUCAGCCUUCUGGCUUCAGCCUCAGCCAAACCACGGGUGGAUCUGGCCGGGCCCCGACUCGGCUCCUUGGGGGCCAUCUUCAUUAUGCUUAAGUCAGCACUGGGCGCUGGGCUACUUAAUUUUCCGUGGGCCUUCGCGAGAGCAGGAGGCAUCCACAACGCAGUCAUUGUGGAGCUGGGCUCUCUUGUGUUCCUGGUCAGUGGUUUGAUCAUCUUGGGCUACGCAUCAUCCAUCAGUGGCCAGUGCACCUACCAGGCAGUGGUAAAGGAGGUGUGUGGCCCAGCCAUUGGUCAGCUGUGUGAGAUCUGCUUUGUUUUUAACCUUUUUAUGAUCUCUGUGGCCUUCCUUGUCAUUGUGGAUGACCAGCUUGAAAAGUUGUGCGGCUCAUUGUAUGAGCUGGUAACUGGUUUGCCUGACCAAGAGAGACCCUAUCACUUCUACACGGAUCAACGCUUUGCCCUGGUGCUUCUCUGUGCCUUGCUCAUUCUACCAAUUUCCACCCCCAAAGAGAUCAGCAUUCAAAGAUACAUCAGUGUAUUGGGCACUCUGGCUGCGACCUACCUGACCAUAGCCAUCAUCAUCAAGUUCCACAUGAUGCAUUCUGUUCAGGUUCACAUAAUCCCACAAUAUAGCAGUGGAAUAAGCUCCUGGGCAUCCACCUUUAGCGUCAUUCCCACCAUCUGCUUUGGUUUCCAAUGUCACGAGGCAUCCAUCGCUAUUUACAGCAGCAUGGAGAACCAGCGACUCUCUCACUGGGCCUUCAUCUCUGUGGUUACUAUGAUUAUCUGCCUCAUCAUUUAUUCUCUCACAGGGGUUUAUGGGUACCUGACAUUUGGGAAGGAUGUGAAGGCCGACAUUUUGAUGUCCUACAUGGGCGAUGACAUUCUGAUGCUUAUAGCCAGGCUACUCUUUGGGGUCUCUAUUAUCACCAUCUACCCAAUCAUCCUGCUGUUGGGCAGAUCAGUGAUCCAGGAUCCUAUGCUGAACUGGUGGCAGAGACGUGGCUGCUUGGUAACGGUGAAGGUUGAAAGUCGCAGUCGGUAUACGCUGACAUUCCUGUGGAUUACCGCGACACUUCUCAUCGCUGUGUUCGUGCCAGAUAUUAGUAAAGUUAUCAGUGUCAUCGGUGGGAUCAGUGCGUUUUUUAUUUUUAUCUUUCCAGGACUUUGUCUGAUGUUUGCCAUGCAGUCUGAACCAGUGUCUUUUAAAGCCAGAAUCACCCUCACUGUUUGGGGAGUGGUAACAUUGCUAUGUGGCGCAUUCAUCUUCGGCCAGAGUACCACUAUUGCUGUCAUGCAGCUCCUCGGAAAAAUCUGAUACUUUCAGAUCAGACUUUAUCUUGCCUUCCCGCGACACUCAAGUUCUUCACUAUGGACAGGACUUAAGUGUCCACUUAAUAACACGUUGCUAAAGCCUUUAUGAUAACAACUGCCAUUGAUUUUUUUACUCCUUGGAUUCAUUAUUCAUACCUAUCCUCUGAUGAUCAGAAGUGUUGGGAAGGAACAAUUGAGUCACAGCAAAUGAAUGACACUAAGCUGCCAUGUGAUAAAUUUUGUACAGCAGAAAUGUCCACUUGCAUGUGCCGCCAUGAAAAGAGCUUGAGCUAUGGCUGAUGUGAAUAUUUUAGUCCACCUUUCCAAAUAAAGGUAACUGUAACUGUAUUUCAAUCUAAUUCUAGCGAAGGUCAAUACGGUCUAAAUUUGAAAUGUACACUAAUUUAUACGAAAGAUAAUUCUGUCAAUAUUGAACGUCAUAUUUGGAUGGACAAUUUGUCUGCUUGCUACCACAGGGUAAUGUAAAUACACCAGUAAUUGAUUUCAUAGCUUAAAUUGAGGGUUUUCUUCUCUGUAGAAGUGGGGUAUAACACUUUCUAAUGUGAAUACUGACUAACUAGCUUCUUUUUUUGUUCAUUGUUCAAAAUUUGACUGGAACUUGAAAAAACAAAAUAACAUGAACAUUAUAUAUAUUUUUAAGUUUAAAAACACACACAAGCACAUUUAGUGUAUUAAAUUAUCCAUAACUCUUUUUGGUCUUAGUAGUUAUCGAACAAAUUGGACCCGAAAGUGCU